CAGAACUGUUUACCUGUGCGCCACAGCUCGGGCUCCGAUUGGUCCCGCUCGGCGUCCUGCCCUGCGGUGACGUCAGGAAGAGCGCUGCUGGUGAGGUUGCCAAGUACAGAUUCCGUGUGAGAGCGCUCCGAGUUGGAGAGGCAGAUAGACGGACACUGGACACGGCUGCUGGACCUCACGCACCGGUACAUUUCAGUAUUGUUUCUGACCGUAACAACAAGAAGAUGCCGCUGGGUGACGAUUGCCAUGCCUGGAAAAAGAAGACCACAGAUGUGAAGGAUCAGUAUGACUUCAAAGAGGUCCUAGGAACGGGAGCUUUCUCUGAGGUGGUCCUGGCUGAGGAGAAGAGGACCCAGAAGUUGGUGGCUAUCAAGUGUAUCCCCAAGAAGGCAUUAGAGGGAAAGGAAAACAGCAUUGAGAAUGAGAUCGCAGUCCUGCACAAGAUUAAACAUGCCAACAUUGUGUCUCUGGAAGAGAUCUUUGAAAGUAAAUCACACCUCUACCUUGUCAUGCAACUGGUCUCUGGCGGGGAACUCUUCGAUCGUAUCAUAGAGAAGGGCUUCUACACAGAGAAGGACGCCAGUAAACUCAUUCAGCAGAUUCUGGAUGCCGUCAAAUACCUCCAUGACAUGGGCAUUGUGCACCGUGACCUCAAGCCAGAGAAUCUGCUCUAUUACAGCAUGGAUGAAGACUCCAAGAUCAUGAUCAGUGACUUUGGGCUGUCAAAAAUUGAGGGCUCCGGUAGCGUGAUGUCAACGGCAUGUGGAACACCGGGAUAUGUUGCCCCUGAAGUAUUGGCUCAGAAACCCUACAGUAAAGCCGUGGACUGCUGGUCUAUUGGCGUAAUAGCCUACAUUCUGUUGUGUGGUUACCCUCCGUUCUAUGACGAGAAUGACGCCAAACUGUUUGAACAGAUCCUGAAGGCAGAAUAUGAGUUUGAUUCUCCUUACUGGGACGAUAUCUCUGAUUCAGCUAAAGACUUCAUAGUCCACCUGAUGGAGAAAGAUCCCCACGUACGUUACACCUGUGAUCAGGCUCUGCAGCACCCCUGGAUUGCGGGGGAUACCGCUCUGGAUAAGAACAUCCAUGAGUCUGUCAGUGCUCAGAUAAAGAAGAAUUUUGCUAAAAGCAAGUGGAAGCAAGCAUUCAACGCCACAGCAGUGGUUCGUCACAUGAGGCGUCUCCAGCUGGGCACCAGUAGCGAGGGCCCCAACCCCACUCUGCCCAGUCCAUGCCAAACUCACCUGGAAGAUGGAGUAUGUCCAUUUUGUCUCCCAGAGGCGUGUUGUGAGGGAGGGUGCUCCCAGAACGUCCAAGGCGGAGCUGACCAUCUGUCCAACUGCACCUACCGCUGCCACCCAACCAGCAGGGUGUGAUCCCCGCACCUGCGCCACUUAACCUGUCUAACCAAUCCCAGCGACUUUCCAAUUUUAACCCCCUUUGGUGGAACCAGAGGCACCAUCUCCCCCUUAUCUGGUUAGGAAUACAGCGUCAUUCCAACCUCUCGCCUGCAGGGGGAGCAAGCCCGGUCCGCCUGAGAAGGAAGACAUAAAAUGGGAUGAAAGGGGGAGGAGGAGGAGGAGGGAGACUUGAUGAUAAUGAUGAUGCACCAGAGAGGAUCACUUUUACAGACUGGGCUGGUAGUUUGGGAUGAGUUGAAAUGGGGCGAGGAGACAAAGGAAGGAGGGGAAGAUGAGCUCCUCCACCAGCAUGUCAGGGGGGAUUGUUUUUGCCGAAGCAGGACAGAGCUUGUUGGACACUGUUUUUACUCAUGAUUCAACCUGUCUCUCUGUUUGUUUUGUAUAUUUUUUGUGUUGUCUUUUUAACCUCCUACUGCUUAAAUUCAAAAACAAUAUCUGCAUGAUCAGGAGAGAGUGUCCCCAUGCAUGUUUUCUUAUAUAAAUAUACCCUGUUGCAGAGAGGCAGUAUGAUGCAGAUGGUGAAGUGCUGUGCGCAAAGUUUGCACAGGGGGAGAGGCAUAGAGCACUUCGAUAUGUUUCCGUAUUUCAAAUGAAAUUGAGUCAAAUCUUGUCAUUUUACAGAUCUGCAUUCUGUCUUUAAAGCUUGUAGACAAUCAGUAACAGAAUAGUUUAUGCAAUGAAAAAACUCAAUCUUUGUAGCCUUUCCUGUGUCGAUAUAGUGUUUCCAUGCCGUGGUUUAGAGGUAAAAAUGCUUCUCCCUUCUCUCUUUUUAACCCCAAACCUCUUUAGCCACUCGAGCACAGGGAUAUAUCUUUCUCUAAGGUGCCUUCAGGAUUUACAGUAUGAUGGGUUUAUUAUCGGGUAGCUUCUGAAAGGUUUUGUCUCCUCAUGCAGACAGACUUUUUCUUCUAACUUCAUAUUUUGUAUGUACAACAUUUUUAGCUUUAAAAUGCAGGUUAAUGCUUUCUGUUAAAGUUAUGUGCUGUAAUCAAAGAGGGGAGGCACACGGUGUUGAUUAUGAUAAUGUCAUUUGUUAUUCACUGAAUCUGCUCUAAAUGGAAAUGACAAAUAUAACGAUAUGAAAUGAAUAAACCUACAAUAGGCUUCACCAGGAGCCUCACUUAUUUAAAAGAAAUCCUUCAAAUAAAUAUUUUGUUUUUCAGACGUGUGUUUUAGCUCCCUCUGUGACACACAUUAAAUAACUGUGUUCAUGUAUUUUAAUACAAAUCCUACAGUGCAUUUUGCUCAAAAAACAUGAAAACAGAUUGAUCAGUGUGCUUAGCCGUCCCCAAGACUAGGCUGACUUGGUAGGAUUAAGUAGGUUCUUUGAAAGCAAAAAAAAAAAAAAAAGAAAACUGCAACCAAAUUUUGAUAUGCAUCCAUCACCAUGUACUGUAAUCGUACUGUCAUUACAAUCCUUUUUGCUUCUUACAUUCUUCUACAGGCUCAUUUCCUCCACGUGCAGCCUGAUCAGAAAGAACCUGGAUUAAAGAAUGUGAAUAUGCAUCAGA